AUGCCUCCAAACUCAACGGCUUGCCCGCGUGGGUCCAAUAAGUCUGAAGCCAUAUGGAGAGAUCCCAAGAUCGUCGCUGACUAUCGCUCCGCGGAGAAGGUGACGGUAGUAUUUGCGAAGUCCCUUGUUGAACAAUCCGGCAUCCUUUCUACUGCCAAAGAGCAGACACCCUUGGUGGUUCUUGACAAUGCUUGUGGCACAGGAGCGGUUUCCAUGGUUCUUCAUGACAUGCUUAAUGACUUGACCGGGUGGAAACUGACCUGCGCAGACUUCUCCGAGGCUAUGAUUGAUGCUGUCAAGGACACAAUCAAACAUGAAGGAUGGAAAAAUACAGACACUGCGAUCGCAGACUUGCAGGAAACAGGCUUUUCAACCGCUCACUAUACUCAUGUCUUUGCAUCGUUUGCAAUAAUGGCGCUUCCGAAUUCCCAGGCCGGCCUUGACGCUGGAUGGAGCGAAGAUGUCAACGCCGCCAUUGCUACCAUGCCUGGUAAUCUUGCCCAACCCACUCCAGAAGAAUUCUUGAUGUCGCUUGGAAACGGUGACGAAUGGCAUGAUCCAUCCUGGGUCAAGGCCCAGCUAUGGAAGCGGGGCCUCGAGAACAUACAGGUCAACCUCGUCUCUAAGACAAUUGCCACAAGCACUGUGCCAGAAACGAUACCCGCUCUUGCUCCUAUUAUGGCUCAUAUUCCAGCAAAAUUCUGGAACGAAAAGCAAAGACAGAAGAGCGCUGGUAGCUUGGCAUCCACGGUUUCGAGUUAUUUGGAGACAAAGUAUGGCACCGACAAACCUAUACCAAUGCAUUGGAUUGCGGUGGUAGCAACGGCACAGAAGCCCAUACCUUUAGUUUAG